CUGGUGACUGGGGCAUUCUGCUUGGUCGAUGCCAGGAGGUACUUUGCCCAGCACAGUUCAGGCAUCUGCGUUUGAUAUUUGGUGAUAAGGUUCCAUGAUACUCUGUGUUUCUUCUUUCUUCAACCUCUCGGACUUCAAGUUCUAGGAGACCUUAUCAGAUACCUUUCCGAUCAGAGAAUAGGUAUUUCAUAUUUUGCUAAAACUUAAGUUCCAAGACCCUGACUUGACCAUGGAGCAAUACAUUCUCGACAAUGUUGACCGCUACCAGAAGCUCGUUGCUGAGUUCAAGCCGUCAACAUCAAGCUCCAAGGGGAGCGACACAACCGAGACCAGCCCGGAUAUUGUGGUGAGCGCCAGGGUGCGGCCAAUGCUAGAGGAUGAGCUCGCCCAAGGCUUCCCUGUUGGUGUUCACAUCCGUGACGACACGAACACCGCCGACUUGCACGAGUUGCAGCAGCCUGUGAGAGGCCCCGCGAGGAUCAGGUCUUUCGAUUACUCGGUGGACAGGUUGUAUGGUCCUGAUGCUUCAACCCGCGAGCUCUACGACGAUCUGGUCCAACCGUUGGUCCCUUGGGCCUGGGGCGGCGGCAUUGGAACCCUGUUCGCAUACGGCCAAACCGCGUCCGGCAAGACCAUGACAGUCAGCGGCCUGGAACGGCAUGUGGCUGAGCAUAUGAUGGACGGGUCGUUGGAUGGCGACAGGAAGAUCUCCAUGUCCAUCAUCGAGCUGGCAGGUCAAACAGCAUACGACCUCCUCAACGACCGCAAGCAGAUCUCCAUCCUCGAAGACUCGUUCGGCGUCACUCAGAUGGCUGGUGCCCUGGAGCACCAUGUGACCGACAAGAAGACCCUCCUCGAGUACAUCGAUGCCGCCGCCGCCCUCCGUAGCACCACGCCGACCCUCAGGAACAACAGUUCUUCUCGCUCCCACGCGAUUUGCCGCUUUCGCUUCGAGAACCCGCAACUUCCUUCCGCCAAGGACGGCCUUCUCUACCUUAUCGACCUAGCAGGCUCCGAGGCCGCUCGUGACAAGGUGGCCCACGACACCAGCCGCAUGAAGGAGGCCCGCGAGAUCAACUCGAGUCUGUCGGUCCUCAAGGAUUGCAUUCGCGGCCGCGCGGUGGCCGAUGCCGAUUCGUUCUCGGGCAAGACCAACAAGAAGCCCGCUUAUGUCCCCUUCCGGCAGAGCACCCUGACCAAGACGCUCAAGCACGUUUUCGACCCGGCGAGCACCCGCAGCUGCAAGACCAUCGUCGUGGCCUGCGUCAACCCCUGCCUGGCCGACCUCGGCGCCAGCAAGAAUACCAUGCGCUACGCCGAAAUGCUGCGCGUGCCGAUGCCCAAGGCGAAGGUGAUGGAGUACAACCCCGGCAUCCCGGCGACUUGGAACAACGAGCAGCUCCGCGACUGGAUCCAGCGCAACUCUGGCGAGCCGUCCGUCAACCCGGCUGUCCUCGCGCCCUCGGAGAACGGCCCGCAGCUCCUGCGGCUGCCCACCGCCGAGUUCAUCACCCGCUGCCUCAAGACCGAGGGCGCCACCGUUGAGCAGGCCCAGGCAUUCCACACCAAGCUCUGGAAGCUGCACAUCGACUCCCAGCGCAACGCCGCCAAGCUCACCGUCGCGAAGACGACUGACACCGCGGAGGCAUCCCGUCAAGAGCUGCUCGACUCCAGCGCCGACCCGGAGCCGGAUGCGUCCAAGAUCCCCUUCCAAGAGCGCAUCCGGCCCGGCAUGGUGGUGAGCUGGACCCCGCCGGCCGAGUAUGCGUCCUUUGCGGUGAACAAGAAGUGCUAUGCCAUGGUCAUGUGCCCGGUGCAGGCUGCCGGUGAGCGGGCCAGGGAUGCUCAUGGCGAGUUGGUUAAUGCCGUGGAGGGCAAGGGUGAGGGUUACCUGUGCGCGCUGGUCAUGCCUGCCUUGCUUCCCGGCUCGUUUGUGGUUGGUCUGUGGCGCCAGGUUGUGGUUCGUGUCGAGGAGAUGCAGGCUGAGGUUUUGAUGGAGUGGGAUGAGGCCACGAGGUACUACUACAUGACGGUUUAGGGGGCGGAGAGGGGUAUCACCGUCCUAGGUAAGGUCCCUAACCUCUGGGUCCACGUCUUGUAUUCACCACUCCAAGACAGAGCA